UCCAAUGAAUCCGGAACCUAUUGAUCUUCAUCCGAUAACAUUAGGUGUAAAGAGGCAACAUUGUUUUGAAGAUAUCCUUAACGAUGUUCCUGAAUCUAAAUCAGAUUUAAAAAGGAUUCGUACAGAAGACAAUUACCCUGGCGGAAAUGCCGUUAUAAGUGCGGCAAUUUCUAAUAAUUAUGAUGGAGCACUUAACACUUCUCUAAACAAUGUCGCAGUUAAAAAUGAAAAAGAUUUUUCCGAAUUUUUUAUUAAAGAGGGAAUAGAAAAUGAUUUGGCAGGAGCAAACUAUUUUGACAAAAAGGAAAAUAACCUUUUGGGUGAUAAGAAUAGCGGUGAGAGUGCGAACAUCUCAGAAGCUAUAUGCCAUGUAACAAAUCCUGAGUUUGAUAGCAGAAAAGCGCAGGAUAAUAACUGCGAUCCAAGUUUUAUAUAUUCAUUUCCCACGUCAAAUGUGAUGUCGACUGGAAAAACUAUGGAUUCUAUUUCUUACGAACAGCAGCCAUCUUAUAAUAUACCAGAUGAACCUUCGACAAUUAACAGUAAUCUAAAACCUCCAAGAGAAAAUGAAAUAUCAUUACCAGAGGGGUAUCGAAUCGAUAAAAGAGCAGAUUCUAAUCUUGGACUUUUAAUGCAAGCUAUAGUACUUUUAGAAAGAGGAGUAUCUUCAUUGCCCGAUGAUUAG